AUGGCAUUGAAAUCUCUCAAAAUCUUUCUGUUCACUCUCCUCAUUGCCUCCAUUGCAAAAAAUGCAAUAUCCAUACGGGAUCUCCACCGGCACAAAUCAGUCUCAUCGCCAUUUAGCUUCCCUCACGAGCAUCUUCAAGACUCUCGAAAGGGUGACACCGUAGAAGGAAUCCACAAUGUAAAGCUUUACCUCCAACAUUUCGACUACUUGACAAAUCUUCCAGCCCAUGCCCACAACACAUUCGACGACCCUUUAGAAUCCGCCCUCAAAACAUACCAAAAAAAUUACCACCUCAAUGCCACUGCGACUGCCAAUGUGAAAAUCCCCUUCGAGAAAGGGGACCACGGUGAUGUGGUGCCUUUCUGCACGCCCAUUUUGGCGCACUCUUUCUUUUCGACGGAUGAGAGACUUCACUUCAACGUGGACCAAAAUUGGGCGUGGGGGGCUGUGGCUGGUGCUGUAGAUGUGCAGACGGUGGCGCUACAUGAACUUGGACAUAUUCUUGGCCUCGCCCACAACCAAGAUGAGUGCGCUAUAAUGUAUGCCUACAUUUGUCCCGGAACCACCAAAUGCAUGACUCAAGAUGAUAUUGCGCGAAUAACUGAUUUAUAUAGUAGUUAG